GAAAGCUUCAAGUCAAGCAGCACUCCCCUUCACCACCAUGGCUAUUCUCUUUCUUCUUCUUCUCCUACUUGCACCACCACCUUCAUAUGCUGCAAUUUCAUGCAGUGAUGUGAUCAAGGACAUUAGGCCCUGUGUGAACUACCUGAAGAACGGCAGCGGAAUGCCACCGGCGGCGUGUUGUACGGGAGCAUCGAAUCUUGCCUCCUCCGCCACCACCACGGCAGACAAGCAGGCUGCCUGUAACUGCAUUAAGAGUGCGGCCAAAAACGCUAACAUCAAGUCUGAAUUGGCCAAGGCUCUUCCAGCCAAUUGUGGAAUCACCUUGUCCAUCCCUAUCUCCCCCAACACAGACUGUACCAAGAUUACUUGAAGUUGAAGUGGGCUGGAGGAUUUAUAUGUCUGAUGCCUGUUCUAUGAAGGAAGCAGCUUAGCCUAUCUUGCAAUAAGCUUGGAUCUAUACACAUCUAUCUCCUUUUUCUGUUACUCUUCUUUUUAAUAUGCUUAAGAGUUAUUGUUAUCUUUGUUGUUUUGUAUCAAAUAAUUGCCUUUACCCACUUCUGGUGAAGUUGCAGUGAGAAUUAUA